UAGAUUAUUUAUAAAUAAACCUAUCACAUAUAUGUGUAUAUAUAGUACUAUGUAUUAGGUUCAAAAUAGAAUGCACUUAAUACAUCUAUAGGUAAAUACAGUAUAAAUGUGUAUUACCAUUAUAAAUCUAGAAUAAUUGAAUGUCACUACAUGUAUUUAUGACUGGAGCUCUACAUACACAAUAAAUCUUUAGUAAAGUUAACCACAUUUGAUGGGGAUUUUCUACAUUACAUGUAAAUAUCUAAAAAAAAAAACGUUCUAGUGAAAGAUGGGCAUUGGAAAUCUUUAACAAUUAACUUGUGGUAAGUUUCUACCUGCCGAAUUCAAAUUUGUCUUGUUAUUACAUAAUUUACGAAGCAAGAGGCCGGAUUAAUUGAGUUCUACUAAACCCGUGGCUAGCGGGAGAAAACGGUAGUAUGUAUUUCCACUAACGUCCAUGAACAGUCUGAAUUAAGUCGAGCCCGCAACUUUUUUAUUUUUGUCGUAUAAUGUGACCUAGGGAGAGACCGUAUUUUUUAAACUUACCUUUUAUGAAUAUGUAAUCAUUGCCAAAUUCAAAUUUAUCUUACUAUUACAUAAUUUACAAGGCAAGAGACCGGAUUAAUUGAGUUCUACUCAACCCGUGGCUAGUGGGAGCAGACGGUAGUAUGUAUUUUCACUAACGUCCACGAACAGUCUGAAUUAAACCAAGCCGGCAACAUCCACAUGAUUUAAAGCUUACCUAUGCUAUUGUGCCAUUGACUGCUAUAACUGACACUGUGUUAAUUCAUUUAUUUGUUUUUGUCCUUGUUGUGUUCUUGUUUUACUUUGUAUUUUUGUGUAUAAGCUAAUCCUGGUAUAUGAUUUUUCUUUUUUGGUGUGUUUAACGUCGCGCCGACACAAUUAUAAGUCAUAUGGCGCCGGUGGAGGAAGACCCCAGGUGCCACUCUUUGCAUUAUUUCAUUACAAGCAGAUAUCGAUCUUCCGUAAGCCAGCUGGAUAGCUUCCUCACAAGAAGAAUUCAAAGCCAGGCUCGAACCCAAAUCGGUGAGGGGCAAUCCACACGGAGGCUCACGGUUACAGUUUGAGAAGGCUCCGUUGUUCGAAUAUGUCUUAUAUAUUUAUCCUUGUUUUUUUUAUUCUACAAAUUUCUAAAAAAAAACAAGUAUAAAAAACUGAUAAAAUAUAUACUUCUGCUUUCUUUGAUCAGAAAAGUAUCUAACAUUAUAAACCUAUGAAUCUGUUCAGUUUAAAAAUGAUUGUUUGAACGUGUUUAACAUAUAUAACUAAAUAUCUAGACUUCUCAAUCGUUUAAACAGUUCUGCUACCAGAACAUCAUAUUUCUAAUAUAACGUACCUGAUAAUUCCUUUCAAACUUUUGUAUAUAUUUAAAGGUAUAAGAAUAUAACAAUGGCAAGAACAACAGCAGUGCUUUUACUUUUAUUAUGUCAUUUUGAUAUCUCCUCUCAGACAUGUAACGAAUGUGAAUGCUGUGAUGGAGAUAACGCGUGUGAUACGGACAAGAAAUGUAUCAAUGGAUGUAUAGCAGGUUAUUGGGGAGAUAAAUGCACAUAUCCAUGUCAAGAGACCUGUAAAAGCUGUGUAAGCAAAGUCAAUUGUACAGAAUGUCAUCCUGGAUAUUAUACUACCCAAUGUACUUUUGAAUGUGGGAAAGGAUGUGCCAACAAUACUUGCUUACAAUCAGGACAGUGUACUUGUAAAUCAAACAAUUUUAGAAAAGGUUUUUGUAGCAGCUGUUCAAAUAAUAAGUAUGGCGAUGAAUGUAACUACACUUGUCCAACUAACUGCGGUGCCUGUGAAUCACAAAUAGAAUGUAGAUGGUGCAUAAAAAAUGCAUUUUACGGCUCAUACUGUCAGUUUAUGUGUUCUACAGGAUGCGUCAAAGGAACAUGCAGGCAGGUUGAUGGUAGUUGUAAUGCAGGAUGCAAACCUGGCUUUAAAGGACAUAGAUGUGAUUCUUGUGUGUCAGGAAAAUACGGACCAAAUUGUGAUUUAGAUUGUCCGAGAAAUUGCAUAUCUUGUUUAUCAAACUCGAACUGCACUGAAUGUAAACUAGGCUUUUACGGUGAAACGUGUACAGAUAUCUGCUCAUCUUGUUGUCAUGGAAUAUGUUUGUUGGCCAGUGGUCAAUGUAUGAAGUGUAAACACGGAUUCUAUGGAGAUUUCUGCAAUAACACAAAAACAUGUAAAGACGGCUUGUAUGGUAUUAACUGUUCAAAGCCAUGCAUAAAUGUAGAUUAUCAUUGUCAAAAGUGCUUAACAAAUGAAUCAGGUAUGUAUGGGGGCUGCAUAAAUUGUAACAGUGCAUAUUACCUGACAGUUCCCUUCGGCGGUUCGUACAGCGUUUGCACAGCAUGUCCAGAGGACUGCAAAAACCAUGUUUGUAAUUCAACCGGAUUUUGUACAUAUGGAUGUUUACUCGGCAAAUGGGGAGAUACAUGCAAAUCUUACUGUAAAUCAAACUGUUUAGAAUGCAAUCAGACAGACGGGAAAUGUAUCAAAUGCAAGAAUAGAACAUAUUCAGAGGAUUGUUCAAAGUUAUGUAGUAGCAAUUGUAGUUCAAUUGACAGUGAACAAAUAUGCGAAUUUCACACUGGUGAAUGUAUCAAUGGAUGUAGUUCAUAUAGCAAAUAUGGAGCCUAUUGUGAACAACGCUGUAGUGAAACAUGUAUCAAUCAAACAUGCAAUUGGAAAACGGGUGUUUGCUCAUACGGAUGUGUGAAGAAUUAUUAUGGCUCUUUUUGUGAAAAUAAAUGUGCAUCUACAUGUAAAUCAGUGGAAAAGCAACGUUCAUGUAAAGAUUCCACUGGGUUAUGUGUUUUUGGAUGUGAUGAUGGUUUUCAUGGCAAUAUGUGUGAAAGUAAAUGCGGUAAUUGUGUAAAUGGAACAUGCCAUCAAGUCACGGCGGAAUGUGUGUAUGAUUGCAUUGAUGGCUACGGUGGGUUGCAAUGUACACAAGCAACGAAACAAGUUCAGCAAGAAGGUAUUACCACUGGUGAACUGAUAGGGAUCGUAUUUGGAUCAGUGCUGAUUGGCAUACUUAUUGGAGGGGCGUUAACAUUAGCUUUAGUAUGGAAAAAAAGGAACACCAGAAAACGAGAUGAAAGCAAUCAACAGACAGAUGUCGACUAUGAGAAUAACAUCCCCGUGACAUAUGAAGACUUAAAAGAACGUGAUGAGAGGACAUACAGUGAGAUAGUUUCAGAACGGCAGUUGUCUCCACAAGCGGAUGAAUAUGUGAAUUGUUGAAUCCAAUCGGACAAACAGUACAAAUCUCUCAUUGUAUACUUUUGAACAUUUCAAAGAAGACCAUAACAUGUUUCAAAUAAUUUCUAAGUUGUAUAUAUAGCCAUAGUGAUAUGUUUGAACUAUGUUUAAACCCUUUGUUCGUAAUCAUGAUUUAUUGAAAAUAUUUCUUAUUUCACGAUUGCACGUAAUAAUUGAUUUUGCCCGAUUUAUCCCAUUUGGCAGUAUUCGUACACAAAAACAAACUUAUCUUAUGAUGCGUUUAUAUGUAAAACACUUCAAAUCUAAAUUAACGUGAGAUAAGGGCGAGCAGUUAGAAUGAUAUAAUUACACAGAGAGGUUUGAUAGCUAACUGAUAAAACUUUUAUAAUCAUCAAAGUCAAUUAAACACACAUUUUGAUAUACAUGUAUUAAGAAAAAUAAUGUAGAAUCAUUCUAUUUGCACGAUUUGUAUUGUCAACCAGAUAUUCAUAGUUUCUUUCUAAGACAGCUAUAACGUACGUUUAGAAUGGACAAAAUAAAUACUACGGGACAAAGGGAACUUCAUGUUUUAUCAUGAAAUGCCGUUGAUACACACCAUAUCUAGUUCCGUUUUUCUGUCCAACAAACACAACCGAGACGAGUAAAGUCAGUGAAUCAAUCACUGACGCAACAACAGUAAUGCAAUGAAAGUGGAACAGUAAUCUGUGUUCAAGAACAAAUUCAGUUAAUUCUAACAUUACCGGACUUGUUUCCCUAUCAACCAAAGAAGACUGACCCUGUGUGUCAUUAUGCAGCAAAAUGAUAUAAUGUACAUCACAAUUAUUACGUUAUUGCGUCAAGUGACAUAUCUCGAAAAGAAAAAUACACAAUACAAGCAAACGUUUGGUGAUUUCAUCAAGGAUGAGGAUACUUUGAUAUCAUAUUAGAAUCGAAAAAAAAUUUAGCCUUAAAUGUGAAAAUGUCUUAAAUAGAAUCAUUUUUAAAUGCGUGUUAUCAAAUCACGUUGGAUGAGCCCGAACUCAAAACCAUGGUUUUAUUCUACGAUAAAUCAUUGUUUGUGACAUAUGUUUUGUGUAAUUGACGUAUUCUUGCUUUAUAAAACACGGACAAGGAUCUAAGCCAUGUUCACAGAAGACAGCCUCCAAAAGCGUGUAUGUAUAUUACAGACGUAUACACGUACGAACAUAGACAUAGUAUAACAUACUGACGACUGGUGCUAGGCAAGUGUAAGUAUAAGUGCUGAACACCAAAAGACAUAUUAUCCAUAUUCUAUUAUUAUUGUAUAUUGUUUCCCACUAAUAUUGCCUUUUUAUUAAUGGAUUAAAAUAAAUAUUUGACUCAUAGAAAGCCACAAAUUAAAAGAAAAGCAUA